ACAGCAAAUUCUGUCCCACAGCUGCAGCCAGCAAGCUGGAGAUCUCCAUGCCAGCCGUGGUGGAAGUGGAGAUCGGGGGCACAGCCAGGAUCGAGUGCAACUUUUACAUCCCUGAAAAUGCUUCCUACACCUACAUCGACUGGUUCUACGUGGACCGCAGCAACAAGCAGGUGAGGCUGUACCACAUCACGGCCAACGGCAUCCUGGAGGACGACACUGACUACAAGAAGCGGCUGUCACUGGAUGGGGACAGGGCCCUGUCCAUCAGCGCGGUGACAGCGCAGGACGCCAGGACCUUCGUGUGCCAGGUCGGGGCUGGCAGCUACGGCGUGGGCGAGAACAGCACCGAGCUCAGCGUCUACAAGGUCCCCAACACCCCUGAGAUUGAGCCCGCCUCAGCAGGCAUCUCUGUGCACAGCAGUGUAGUCCCAGAGAUUGCCAAGUGCACGAGCAAGAACAGCUUCCCACCUCCCAACAUCACGUGGCACAAGAACGGGGAGCAGCUGCACGCCCAGGAGAACCAAGUGACGAUCCAGUCGACGCUGACGCGCGAGUCGAGCGGGCUGUACACGGUGAGCAGCACGCUGUACGCGCCCGUCACGCGCGAGGACCGCCACUCCCGCUACCGCUGCACCGUGCACUACUGGCUGAGGGGACAGAGGCGUGCCCUGGAGUCUCGGGAGGUCCAGGUCAACAUCUUCUACCCCACCGAGCACUUGAAGCUGCAGGUGGUGUCGUCCUCGGCGCUGGUGAAGGAAGGGGACAAUGUGACGCUGGUCUGCGAGGCUGAUGGGAACCCACAGCCCGUCUUCAGCUUCUUUAAGAAAAACCUGAACGAGUGGCAGGAUCUGACGUUGCUGGCAGAGCCUGACAGCGGGGUCCUGAAGCUGCACGAGGUGGACAAGAGCAGCAAUGGAACGUACAAGUGCCAGUCCCUGGACCUGGAUGAUAUGUCACAGAUAGAGGAGGAUGUGGAUCUUGUUGUGAACUACAUUGAAGGGGUCCGUGUGAAGAUGGAGCCGUCCUCAACCCUUCGUGAAGGGGACAGUGUGACGUUGAGCUGUGACGCCUUCAGCCCUGUGGGCCUGAAAUACCAGUGGAGGGAUGAGAAGGGCAAGAAGCUGGUGGAUGGGAACCAGCUCUACCUGAGCAACCUCACCUUUGAAACCUCCAACACCUUCAGCUGCAGGGUGAUGGCCCCGAGCGUGCCAGGGCUGGAGCAGAGCAAGAAGGUGUCUGUGGCUGUCGAGGGGAAGCCGCGGAUCGUGGCCAUCAGCUCCCCGCUGUACGUGCGCCAGGACGAGGUGAUCAACCUGACCUGCAAGGCCAUCGCCUUCCCCCGGCCCACCGUCCAGUGGAGCAUCAACGGCACGACUCACGAGUACAUGGACAACCAGCACAUCGCCAGCAACCUGACGGUGCGGGUGAGCCACGACCUGCUGCAGGCGGGAGCCAUGUGCCGCGUGUCCAACAGUCUGGGUGUCAGUGAGAAGCACAUCCAGCUGGUGGAUCAAAAGUCAACAGCAGAGAGCCAAGGGGUGAUCAUCGUGGCCAUCAUCGUGGCCAUCCUCGUGGUGGCCGUGCUGGGUGCUGUCAUCUACUUCCUGCAUAAGAAAGGCAAGAUCCCAUGUGGCCGUGCCGGGAAGCAGGACAUCACAAAGCCAGAGGCCCGUAAAGACAAGAUUGUAGUUGAAGUUAAGUCAGAUAAACUUUCCGAAGAGGCGGGGCUCCUGCAGGGCGCCAACGGCGAGAAGAGAGCCGCAGCUGACCAGAGCGAGAAAUACAUCGAUCUGAGAAACUAGAGAGGAAACCUACUAAGUGCUUUCUUCCUUCAAACCUUUCCUGCUCUUGGAUUGCCUUCUCCCACCCCUGCUCCAGCCCCUGGGGAGCACGGCCAGAGCCCACCCGUGUGUCACCGUGCUGGGGACACCUGCCUGACUCUCCUGGCCAUUACCUCAGCCCUGGGCUCGCAGGUGUUGCCUUAGCAGCAAAGCUGGACUCGCUUUACUACUCCAGAGAAGCCACAGCAAUAUUAGGAAGAAUUAUAUCCCAUUAAUCCCUACUUGGUGGAAGGAUUUGAGGCUCUUUCAGGUAAUCUGUUCUGUAGAUGUUGUGGGAAGGUUUUGAUGCAUUCUUUGUACCCUGACCUUGCUCAGAGAGGCUGGUGAAAUUUGGUUUUUGGGAUGUCUGAGGCACCUUAGCUGUAGUGGGUGGAGGUUGGAGGAGAGAGGAGUGGAAGGGGGGGUGUGUUGGAGAGGUGUUUGCAGCUUCUAAAAGGUUUUGAGUGCUUUGUUUUGUCUCUGAACCGUUCCUGGGUCAGUUUAUCCCAGCAGUGCUGUGAUCCCACAGGAGGAGAGGACCUGGCAGAGCAAGGAAGGGGUGCCAAGCUCCAGAAAGGCUUUAGGGUGUGUGGUUUGGAGCUGUGCUGGCCCGAGGGGCAGGGCUCCCCUCUCCCCUGUGAAUCUGGUUUAUUGUAGGGAUGCUGCUCAGCUGCUGCAGCAGCAGGACCCAGAGCUCCCACAGAUUUAAAUUCAUUAUUAGACAGGGCCAGUCAGUGACGUCUCAGGGUUUUUUUGUGCUCAGCCAUUGCCAGCCCCAGGUCAAACUCCUCUCUGUGCUUCACUGGCACCUCUGGCCCCACGGUGAGGAGGGGAGAUGGACAAGAACCUGCCACGAGCUUCUGUCCCAGCCCCUUGUGCCUGUAAAUCAGCUCCUCUGAGCUCUGCUGGCCACAAGCCUUCGUCCCCUGGCUGUCCCAGCCCUGACCAGAGGGGAGCUGCCCCUGCCUGCUACACAUGGUGUCCGAGCAAAAGCUUUGGUUUAUAUAUAUAUAUAUUUUUGUUGGAUUGUGUGUACAUUUCCAGGAGUUUUGUUUCGGGUUUUGUUGGUUUUUUUUUUUGUUUGUUUGUUUUUUGUCUGAUAACUUGCAAGGUUUUUUUUUUAUAUAUGUGAAAAUAAAGUACAGAUUCAAAGCUGA